AUGGACUUUCAAAGAUGGUGCACAUGGUUUCUGGCAGUAGUGGGAUUGUUUGCUUUGUUACCUUCACUUUACGAAGGAGUGCAGUGGCUAAUGAUUCGAACAAAUAUAGAGGAAACUGAUCAACGAUCUAAACCAAACCCAGCUCCAAACUCCAAGGAAUCUGUAAGAAUACCAACAGCAAAGGUUAAUGAAACAAAGAGAGAACAGAGGUUACAAAGAGAUUUCCUUUCUACCGCGCCUUCUAAAAGACUAAUAAAUACAAGGACUGAAGAAAGAACAGCCAUAACAGAAGCUGUGAGAGAGAAUAUAAAGUUAAUGGAAAGAGACCUCAUAAUUACUGAGUCUAGUCUUCUUGAUGAACUUCAAAUUGCGGAUUAUUUAACUGAAGAAGAAGUUAAGAUGAUGAAAAAUCGAUCAAGAAAAGAUCAGACUCAUCUUUUUGCCGAAAGAAUAGAACUUCUUGACAACAAAGCUUUUCUAGGAGUCCUUAAAGUUUUGGAUAAAUCUUCUUUUGGUCAUAUUGCAAAAGGAUUAGAAGAGUCCUAUGUAAAACAUCUGCCAUCGAAGUCAAGAAUUACACUCUGUCCAGUUUGUCGCAUACGAUCGGAAGUUGAUAUUAAAGAGUUGAGAUGUGACUUGAAAGAGCAAGGGUUCUUGCCCUCCACUCUAUAUAGCGAUAUCAAUAAUUGUCAAGCCGAUAAAAAUCAUCAAAAUGCAUUGUGGGAGGCACUGUUUUUCCAUCUCAGACAACUGCAGCCAAACGAAGACGUGUUGAAAAUAUUCAUCAAUUUUUUCAACACUUCUAAACAUGAAGGGCUUUACCACUAUCUUAAGCAGAACCCUCCAUUUCGCUACGUCUGCACUUGCCAUAGUGCUAAAUCAUCUUUUGAAAUAGACAGUAUGAAACUUAAAGCCUUGAGUACUGAUUCAAGCGAUGAAAGUAACACAUCCUCAGUUAAAACCUACCAAGAGCCGGAAUUUUAUUUAGAUGCUGUAAAUACAAGCAGUUCUGAAUCUGGGUCAAAAAUCAUCUAUAAAAGGAGCAGGAAAAUACCAAGAAUGCCUGCUGUUUCUAAAAACAAGCAUUGCAAUCGAGGAACAAAACGAGGAUAUCUUACAGGCCCAAACUAUGAAAAUAAAGGAAAGGGACCACAACAGAAGAACUCUAUGGAUGUAGAGGUAUCACUUCAUUUGAAUAAGAGUGGUGGGUCUACGGUUUCCCUUGACAGUAACCCAGGAUCUAACGUUCUCAACUUUUCCAAGGUACCUCCCAAGAAGAUUUGGGAAAAAGAAACAGAAUCAAAAGACACUAUUAGUGAGGCAAUGAAUUCAGUGAGUUCAGAUACAGAAGUGAAAACCAUCAACGAAACUGUUCACACGCAUUACAAAGGUCCCACAGUAUCUUCAAUUGAAUCAAUAGGGGUAUUGACUUUCAGUACAGAAGUAAAGACAAUUGGUCACCGAGACAUAUCUUGUAAGAAAAAACCAGUUGUAUCCGUGCGCCCGUACAUAACUGAAUCAGAUGUCAAUUCUGAUGGAGAAGCAAGAAAGAUCUAUACCUUCCCUGCAGAACCAUUGUUCAAAAAAUUUCCGAGAGACUCCGAAUUUGCAAAAGAAAAUGUACCUACAGCUUUUGCAAAGACUGUUAAGUCGAAAGGUUCAUCAGAAAUUUGGUAA